CGCGCAUGCGCAGCGCGGCACGAAGCCGGAAGCGGCGGCGGCAGCGGGGAAAUGGCGGCCGCGGGGCUGGCGGCGCCGGAGGGCGGCUCCGCGGGGAUGCCGCUGGGCACCGCGGUGGCGACGGCGGCGGCGGCGAUGUGUCCUCCUCCUCCGGCGGGCCCCGGCUCGUGGAGCCGUUCCUUGGACCGAGCUCUGGAAGAAGCGGCGGCCAGCGGCACGCUCAGCUUGAGCGGCAGGAAGCUCCGCGACUACCCGCGGGCCAGCGCCGCCAACCACGACCUCAGCGACACCACACGGGCCGAUUUGUCACGGAACAGACUGUCAGAGCUUCCAGCAGAAGCAUGUCACUUUGUCUCCCUUGAGAGCCUUAAUGUGUACCAGAACUGCAUUCGAUACAUCCCAGAGGCUGUUUUGAACUUACAGUCUUUAACGUUUCUAAAUAUCAGCCGAAACCAGCUCUCAACGUUGCCAGUACACCUCUGUAGUCUACCACUAAAAGUUUUGAUAGCAAGCAAUAAUAAAUUGGUUUCAAUACCUGAAGAAAUAGGACAGCUCCGACAGCUGACAGAGCUUGAUGUGAGCUGUAAUGAAAUACAAACAAUACCUCCGCAGAUUGGCAAUUUGGAAUCUUUACGGGACCUAAAUGUCAGAAGAAAUCAUCUGGUGCGUUUACCUGAAGAGCUCGCUGAGUUGCCUUUGAUUCGGUUAGAUUUCUCCUGCAAUAAAAUUACAACAAUCCCAGUUUGUUAUAGGAACCUCAGACAUCUGCAAACCAUCAUGUUAGAGAACAACCCUCUCCAGUCACCCCCUGCACAGAUAUGUAUAAAAGGAAAAAUCCACAUAUUUAAAUACCUGAACAUAGAAGCAUGCAAGAUAGCUCCAGACUUGCCCGAUUAUGAUAGGAGACCAAUGGGAUUUGGAUCUUGCCACGAGGAACUUUAUUCCAGUCGUCCUUAUGGAGCGCUUGAUUCUGGCUUCAACAGUGUGGACAGUGGAGACAAAAGAUGGUCAGGGAAUGAACCAACAGAUGAGUUUUCAGACCUCCCUUUACGUGUGGCAGAAAUCACUAAAGAACAGAGACUGCGAAGAGAAAGUCAGUAUCAAGAAAACCGGGGGAGCACAGUUGUAACUAAUGGUGGAGUGGAACAUGAUCUCGAUCAGAUCGACUAUAUUGAUAGCUGUGCCACAGAAGAGGAGGAGGAAGAGGUGAGGCAACCCAAGUGCAUGGACUCAGACAGCCUCAGCUCACAAUUCAUGGCAUAUAUUGACCAGCGGCGAAUCUCUAAUGAGGGCUCCCCAGUAAAGCCUGUAUCCGUAAGAGAAUUUCAAAAAACAGAAAACAGAUAUUUACACCAAAAUAGGGAUACUGAUGAAUUACGAAGACCUGAAACUCUAAAUUUGGUGCAGGACAGAGAGCAUCACCAAGUACUAAGGAGUUAUGUGGACAGGACAGAGAGGCCCCCAGCUGAUUCACCUUAUCUUCUCUCUCUACCAAGUCAUCACAGUCAGGUGCCCAGUACAGAUCCCGAGCUGCACCGCAGGCACAUAGAGCGUACACGUCGAGAGGCACAGCUAGCAGCCCUUCAGUACGAGGAGGAAAGGAUGAGAACGAAACAGAUCCAGAGAGAAGCUGUUCUUGACUUUGUUAAACAAAAAGCAUCUUUAAGUACCCAGAAGCAAAGUCCUCUGGAUAGUGAGUGUCCCUUUCCAUCCAGAAGGUCUCAGCAUACUGAUGAUAGUGCCUUGUUAGUGAAUGGCUUUGAGCCUCUCUUUGUGUUUGAGAUUGACAAUAACACCAAUACCAUUAAAAGGAGGCCAGGGACUCGCAAACAGUCUCUCUCAGGGUUGAAUCAGGAGAGCUGUGCUACUAGCCUGCCCAAUGCUUCUACCUUCAGUCCUCUCAAGAGUGAUGACAGAUCUACCAUCUCUCCUGGAUCACCUACCACUCAGACAGUCCACCUUUCCCCUCCAUAUCCUGGUCAUGCAGCCCCGCCUUCCUAUAGAAACCCUUCCCAGCGACCUGAGAGUUUCCUUUUCCGAACAGCUGUCAGGGAUGAAGCAAACAAAGUGGUUACUUCAUCUUCUACACACGCCUUGUCUCCCGCUAAUGACUGUGCAGACCCCAGGGUCAGACAAAACUCCAAACAGCGUGAAGAGGAGCUGGAGCUAAUAGAGCAGCUCCGUAAGAAUAUUGAAUCACGGUUGAAAGUGUCACUGCCCAGUGAUCUUGGAGCAGCUCUCACCGACGGUGUUGUUCUGUGCCAUUUAGCUAAUCAUGUGCGUCCUCGGUCUGUUCCCAGCAUUCAUGUCCCCUCACCUGCUGUUCCUAAACUUACGAUGGCAAAAUGCAGACGAAACGUGGAGAAUUUCUUGGAAGCUUGCAGAAGGAUUGGAGUGCCUCAGGAGCAAUUAUGUUUGCCUCUGCAUAUUUUAGAAGAGAAAGGUUUGACACAGGUAGCUGUGACUGUGCAGGCGCUCCUGGAGCUGGCACCCCCAAAGCAGCAGCAGCUUCACCACCUGUCUGCUGUGUAAAGACCUCCGGGACCUUUUGGGUUACCUUGGCUAAGCAGAAGGACGUCAAGACUUUACUGCCCAUGCAGUGCAUCCCCACACACAGAGCUCUGUCCUAAGGAAAGGAGUUCCCGUGAUUCCUGACAGGAAUGUUUGUGCUUCGUUUCUCCAUUUUUUUUGGAGAUGACAACAGUUUCCAAUAACGUUUUUAUUAUUGAUAUUUUUGCCCCCUACUGGGAAAAAAAAGAAAAAAAAAAAAAGGUUGUUGUGAGGGCAGGGACUUGCAGUGGCCAGCUGUUGGAGCCAGCUGUAGAAACUGACCUUGUAGUUUGAAGACGUUGGUGUACACAGUUCGGAAAGCUGUUCCUACAGGAAUUAAUUUGUUUAAAAAAAUAAUAAAAAAAAAAAGGAUGUUGCUGCAAUGGGCACAAGGGGAAUGAAAUUUCAUUCCUUCUCCACGGGAUUCAAAGAAAGGGAGUUUCUUUGCCUCCAGAGAACAUCUCUUUCCAUUAUAUAGAUAUAUAUAUUUAAAAUAUAUAUAUAUUGCAACACAAUCUUAACCUGCACAGUGUUUCGUAAGAAUCAAACCUUGUGCAGCUUUCACUCAUGUUGGCAUGUCCUCGUUACUUAAUAUUUGAAGGGGGAUUUUUUUUUCUCCAAGGGAAAAAGUACUGCAUGUUUUCUCCACAAGAAAUAUCUUAGUAAUUAAAAAUUAAAAAAAUAAAAUAAAAAAAAACAGAGCUACUUAAAUCUCCCCUCCUGGUCAGGUAAGGAUGCAUUUGGUUACUCAGUGUUUUUUUCAAAUGACUGUCAAGAAUCAUGUGCAUGUUUUCACUGCAGUGCGAAGAAUUACAGCCUGCCAUGCAGGUCCUUAGAAAUCCAGUAUCAGAUAAUACAUUCGGAAGGGACUGGAGCUUCCCAUGCAGACAUGCCAGCACUGGUGAGUGUCCCAGCCACUGAGAAAUUCAUCAUUUUAAGAACAAAGUUAGGGAAUUUCCACCGGUGGGCUGCAUACGGUUAACACAGCAAUCCUGCAGCAGGUAGCUUCUACAUAUCACAGUAUUCACACAGAUGCACUGGUUUACAAAACUACCAGUAAUUUCUUCCUCUUUCUUUACCAAGAAAAUGGAAAUUCAGUGUACAGGAAUGGGAGAGGCAGCAGGCAAGUUUUACGUUUUGCUUGAAAGCUGACCUGCAAAACAAAGACCAGCUCUGUGCUUUAGGCACAGUGACCAGGCCAGGCUCACUACCAGAUCACUCACAACACGUGUUUUUCCCCAAAAAAGACCUUGUAAAAUGCAGUUCUCCACCUCUGCAGUUCUUUUGCUAGUUCCUGACCCAUUUCAGUAUCCCAGAACAGCGUGCCACUAACGUGUUGUACGGGGUCUGGGACCAACAUCAGGCGUUGGAGGUACAUCUGAAGCAGAGUGCACCAAGAGGAUUGAAUGGGGACAAAGGAAGGAGAAGGACUGGGGAGUGGCUGGCUAAAAGCCAGUUUUGCUGAAGUAAACCUGCCACAGGAACACUGACAAAGCCUGCUCGUAGCUGGAUUUUUCCCCUUUUGAUUUUCAGUUUCUUUCCACUGUUUUGCUUCACGGUUUGCUUUCAGGACUCGUUGUGGUGAGUGUUGUAUCCCCGGUUCACACAAUGACUCCAGCUGCUUCUUAUUGGCAUUGGCUGAUCACGGUGCAAGCACGUGUGAAAGGAAACCUUUUCAUACCACCUAGCAUGUUGCCCUGAGCUCUGCAAGAAAUGCAAAUGCCAAUAACUUGCAAUGCAUAGAGCAGAGAGCAGUCCCAUAGUGACCUGCUUUCCUCCUCGAGUAGCUCUUGUGUUUCCCUUGUUUUCACGUGCAAGGUCUGCUGGUAAUUGUUGAACGGUUACGUAGGUGUCAGAAGUCUCUGCUGUAGUUUGUUGUGCAGAUGAUCGUGCCACUCGCAGCCAACAGUACAGCCCACGAAUGUUUCUUGUCUUCGUCUCUCACGUAAUUUGAAAGAGGGGGGCAGUGAAUUCCUCUUAGUUUUCACCAUGAGGUCAUUUGUAUCGUACAGAGGCACGUUACGUUUUCAUAGCGCACCCUUCGUAGGCUAUUUAAAUGUUCCUGUUUGAAGAAAACCGUUCCCUUCAGGGGACUGUGAGGGUGUGUUGUUUGCUUCAGUCCGGCUUCCAGCACUUAGGGAAACUAAAACUUAACAGUAUUCAGGUUGGUGGAAGCUUGACAUUUCAUUAAUGCUAGCUUUUAGGAAUUAAUGAGGUCUGAACUGCAAGAAACGGCCACUUUUAUUGUCUGGUUAAAAGAGCAAUUCAUGUACACGGGCAGUGCAUGCACACAGCAGCCGAAUUCAUGUGAAAAGCAGUGUUUGCAGGACUGGGCUGGUGUGUGUAUGUCUGAGUAUCACUUACCUUGUUAGAAGCAGCAGUUCGCUCUGCCGGUUUCAGAUGUAUUUGGUCAUGUUAGUUUAACCCUUAGAGUCGUGUGUGUUCAUGCUGGCAAACACUAAAUGUUGACCAGAUGUUUAGGACAAAAAUCCAGACCUGAAGUUUCAUUGUAGGGCUUAUUUAAUUAUUAUACCAAACAAAAACAAAAGCAAAACAAAAAAAA